AAUAGAAGCUGUUGCCAUUUGCAUGGUCUUCGUCUCCUUUCUCUUCUUCCCCCCCAAUCUGAUCACCCUCCUUCGCCAAUAGCAAAAGUGAGAAGCAAAGUUUUUCGCAAAGUACCGGUAUCAGAGUUCCGAACCAACGUGAUCCACCAUGCUCGACGACGACCAUCAUCCCUUCGCCGAUGGCAUCUCGAGCCCCAUAGCGGCGCACAUCCUGGACUUCUGCGACGACGGCAGCGGGGGCGACCUCUUCGCGGCGGUGAACGCCUCCUCGGACAUGUUCACGGCCUCCUCCGAGGACGCCUCGUCGUCGUCCGCCGCGAAGCCUCCCGCAUGCGCGGCCGCUGCCUCGGCCUUCUCCCCCAUGCCGUCCUUGGACUCCACCCUCUCGGCGCUCCUCGAGGAAGACGAGACGCCGGGCCCCGACGCCGAGCUGUUCCUCCCCAUCGAUUACGCGUUCCCGGCGGCGGUCGGCGGUGGAGAGCCCCAGAAGGAGCAGCAGCAGUUCGGCCAGGUGCCGGUGUCGCUCCCGGUGUCCGCCGCGACAGAGCACCCGGCGCUGCAGACGCAGAUGAGCAGCACGGCGUCCGAGCUCAUGCACCUCGCUUCCUCGGGGUACAGCGACGAGUGCUACGCGGCGGCGAUGGUCGGAGGAGGCUACGUGGGUCUGGAGGAGGCUCUGUGCCAGGAGCAGCAACCACUGCCGCACGGCGCGUUGUUCCCUGCCGGAGUUGCCGAGGCCGCGGCUCAGGGGGCCUGCUUCUUCGGCAAGGAGGCGGCGCAAGGUGGCUUCUUCGGCACCGGCUGCACCGGCAUGGUGAUGCCCAUGAUGGGGAUGGAGGAGAUCGGCGAGUACCAGCGUAUGAUGGAAAGCGCCAGCGCCGCGCUGGUCGCCACGCACAGUCCUGACGCAGACUCCGCCGCCGGGCAGAUGGCGUUCGGCGGCAACGCCGGGGAAAUGCAGAUGGGCGGGAGCAUGAGCCCGGGGCGGCUGCCGGCGGCGACGGAGACGUCCAGCCUGGAUGACGGGAGCUUCAAGUCCGUCCGCAUCACCGUCGAAGAGAGGCGGGAGAAGAUCCACAGGUACAUCAAGAAGCGGAACGAGCGGAACUUCAGCAAGAAGAUCAAGUACGCUUGCAGAAAGACCCUGGCGGACAGCAGGCCCCGUGUCCGCGGCAGGUUCGCGAAGAACGACGACUACGGCGAGCCGUCGAGGGCGAUGCAGAACCACGAGGAAUAUGAGCAGAUUGCCGGCAUGAAGGGAGAAGAAAUGCUGCACUCUGAUGCCCUGCAGGCUCAUCUCAGCGGGAUGAACUCCUACAUGUACAACCACACGGUGGAAUCAUGGAUAUAACAAACUCACACGCAAUAAGACACAAAGCUAAAAGCACCGGUUUUGAUUUUUCCUAUUUUGUGCAGAUUUUAACAAACCCUUCUGGUUUGGUCCCAUGAAAUAAUCUUGUAGCUUCUGAAGUGCUCAGUUUGGAGUUACUGCAGUCUUGUUAUCGUGUCCAAAUCUGCUUUACCUGUUGUUAUCCUUGUAACAGAACCUUGUAGCUAGAGUUUGCAGAGAAAUAAUUUGUGUAUGCAGAUAGUCAUGUACUUGUUUUCUUAGGUUUACCUUUUAGUUUUUACAAUUUAAAACUGA